GCCGCCGCCUCGGUAGUGCGCAGGCGCAGGGCGGUUACCCCGGUUACUCUGGUCAUGGAGAGGAAAGUGCUCGCACUCCAGGCCCGCAAGAAAAGGACCAAGGCCAAGAAGGACAAAGCCCAGAGGAAACCCGAGACUCAGCACCGAGGCCCCGCCCCCCACUCAGAGAAUGAUCACCCCGAACAAGAGGAAGAGAUUCUGGGGUCGGAUGAUGACGAACAGGAAGACCCGAAUGAUUACUGCAAAGGAGGUUACCAUCUUGUGAAAAUUGGGGAUCUGUUUAACGGGAGAUAUCAUGUGAUCCGGAAGCUGGGCUGGGGACACUUUUCAACAGUAUGGUUGUCUUGGGACAUACAGGGGAAGAAGUUUGUGGCGAUGAAAGUAGUGAAAAGUGCCGAGCAUUACACUGAAACAGCUCUGGAUGAAAUUAGGUUGCUGAAAUCGGUCCGCAACACUGAUCCCAAUGAUCCCAACAGAGAGAUGGUGGUUCAGCUGUUAGAUGACUUCAAAAUCUCAGGAGUGAACGGGACCCACAUUUGUAUGGUGUUUGAAGUAUUGGGCCAUCACCUUCUCAAGUGGAUCAUCAAGUCAAAUUACCAGGGGCUUCCCCUCCCCUGUGUCAAAAGAAUCAUCCAGCAGGUCCUGCAGGGUCUGGAUUAUUUACAUACCAAGUGUCGUAUCAUCCAUACGGACAUCAAGCCGGAAAACAUCCUCCUGUCAGUGAACGAGCAAUACAUCCGCCGGCUGGCCGCCGAAGCCACGGAAUGGCAGAGAUCGGGAGCUCCCCCGCCUUCUGGCUCCGCAGUUAGUACUGCUCCCCAGCCCAAACCAGCUGACAAAAUGUCAAAAAAUAAGAAGAAGAAAUUGAAGAAGAAGCAGAAACGUCAAGCAGAAUUGCUGGAGAAGCGAAUGCAGGAAAUUGAGGAAAUGGAGAAAGAGUCGAGCCCUGCACAGCCAGAAGGGCAGGAAAAAUCCGAGAACCCUGCCAGGAACCCCUUAAAAGAGAACCCACCCAGUGAUGUGGCCUUUCAGCAACUUGACAAGAAAAUUCCCAUUGCCCCAAAGCAGACGCUUAUCUUGGAAGGCACCGGGGACGGUAAUACAAAAGAAGUCAAUUGCAACGGAGUGGUAGAAAUGGCUAAUUAUUCCGACUGCCCCAACAAAGAGUCGGGAAGGCUAGUAGAAGGCCUCCCUAAUAACGCCAACGAUGGGGAAGCCCAAGGCUUGGCCCGGGAACAGACCAAUUUUCCGAGCCCCGACCUCAGCCCCCAGAAUGGGGAGGUGGAGAAUGGAUCUCAAGCGUUAGGGUCAGACUCUUGUGCGCCUUUAAUUUCCGAUACCAUGGUGUGCCAGCCCUCCAUGAGGGAAGAGCAGUCCUUCAAUGAGCAGGAGAUCAGCCAGCUGCAAGAGAGCAUCCGGGCCGAGAUGCCCUCUGAAGAUGAAAACGACAAUAUCGGACCGGCCGAUAACAAAGGAAAAUCUACUGCAGGAAAUUUCCUCCUUAAUCCUCUUGAGGCCAAGAAUGCACAGAAGCUCAAAGUGAAGAUUGCUGACCUUGGGAAUGCCUGCUGGGUGCACAAGCAUUUCACCGAAGAUAUUCAGACCAGACAGUAUCGAUCUCUGGAGGUGCUGAUAGGAUCUGGUUACAAUACCCCAGCAGACAUCUGGAGCACGGCGUGUAUGGCCUUUGAGCUCGCCACAGGAGAUUAUCUGUUUGAGCCUCACUCAGGAGAAGAGUAUACUCGGGAUGAAGACCACAUUGCGCAUAUUAUAGAGCUGAUAGGCAGAAUCCCAAGACGCUUUGCCCUCAGUGGGAAAUACUCCCAGGACAUCUUCAAUCGCAGAGAUCACAUUGCAUUGAUCAUAGAACUUCUGGGGAAAGUGCCGCGCAAGCUCAUUGUGGCAGGAAAAUAUUCCAAGGAGUUUUUCACCAAAAAAGGUGACCUUAAACACAUCACCAAACUGAAGCCUUGGGGUCUUUUCGAAGUCCUGGUGGAGAAAUACGAGUGGUCCCACGAUGAGGCAGAUGGCUUCACAAAUUUCUUAUUGCCGAUGCUGGAGUUGAUCCCUGAAAAACGAGCCACAGCAGCAGAGUGUCUUAGACACCCCUGGCUUAACUCCUAGAGGCCCCGACUCAGCGUCGUGGUUCUACGGACUCUGGUUUACAGCAGAGAUUACAUACUAACCCAGCUGUUCCAGAUUCCACCCCUUUCCCUUCCCCCCAUCUUUUCUCCUCCCCUCCUCUUCCUCCUCCUCUUUUAGCAUCCUCCUUUUCAGGGUGAAGCUCUUCCUAGAUUUUUUUUUUUUUUUUUUAAUCUCUGAAAUUCAUUUAGGUUUGCUUACUUGACUCUGUGGGGAUCUUCACAGCCAAUGGGCAUCCUGAGUGAGUUUUUGCCUUGGUUGGGCUCCGCCAAAGACUACGACUGGAAUCCGGACCGACCCUCCACUUUCCCACCUCCCUUUAGGUCACCUUUCCUUUUUAAGCGAUCCCCACCCUUUUCGUUGAGAGAGGUGCGAAGAUGUGAGCCCAUCCUUAACUCCCUGACUCUGAGAGUCAAACUUUCUAGUGCAUAUCCUACUGCCAGCAGAAGGAUGAGAAAAAGGGGUCAAUUCCCACUAGAGCCCAGAUUAACCAUGCUAUGUGUAGAAUGCAUCCUAAUCCUAGAUGGUUUUCCGUUGGUUCUUUCCUCUCACCCCAUUCCCCCCCCCGCCCCGCCGCAUUUCAGCAACUCUCUCAAACUCGCUCCUCAGAGCCAGAGAACGCCUUUAACACCAUUCAAAUCUCUCUUCCGAGUUCCCGGUCCUGCAAAACCGGCAAACCUCCAAGUCUUCAAAUGGACUGGAAACGGGUGGAAGGGGAGUAAAAACUGGAACCAUUGAACGGGGAGUGCAUCUAGAUGAACCCAGGCGGGUCCUGUGGGCACAGGCUGUUGUGGGAUGGGGGUGGGGGGUCCCUGCCCAUCUGUCCCCAGAAGAUCAGAGUGUUGCUUAACCCUUACCGGCACUGGACUCGCCCUGAAUCGGGUUAAUCGCCCCAUCACUAAAGAGUUUUGAAUAAUUGGAAAGGACUGACUGAUUGAAGCCUUCAGCUCUGGCGAGAGAUAGCAAACUGCACCCCAGACUUCCUCUAGAGAGACUUUUUCAUCAACCUUAACCCAGGCUUUGGCCCUGAAGGGAUUUCCCUUUGUGGAUUUGCUUUUUUAUUUUGUGAGAGGAUCUGGACGGGACCCAAGGAUGUAUAAACCAAGGGGUGGAGCGCCUUUUUUUUUUUUUUCUCCCUACAGCCAUUCUCUGCAGCUUCCAGAUGGUUGCUCUUUAGAGUAUACUAUAAGCUUUUUAAAUCUCAAAUUGCUUUGAGAAGAUUGGGAUGCACUCAAGGCUCCUGGCGUUUUUCUGUUUGUGUUUUGUUUUUUUAAAAAAAGAAAUGAAAAACUUUGUAGAAUUUGCUAGUUUUAAGAUGAAAUCUCUCUUAGAUUUGCUCUCCAGCUUAUUACAUGUUAGUUGAGUCACAGCCAAAAGCAAGUUUGGCAGGAUUGGGAUCUCACCGCAGCCUUGCCCCUCUACGGACCAAAAAGGCCUUUGGGAUCCGAGGACGGCAGCUGCCGGAGGACUCUGGGAAAUCCGUAAGGCCGCGCAGGCGCAACCUGGGCCGUUUGAAAACCAAAGCUGCCUGGGAGACUUUCACACAGCCACUUUUUCUAGACAUGAGUUUGAAAUCCAGUUCACAGCAUCAUCCAUCCACCAAGAAUGGCGAAAGAAAAAAAAAAAGAGAGAGAGAACUCUGGUGCCAUUAUGCAAUCCAUUCAAAAUGCAGACAUUUUUCUUCCCUGGCCCCUCUCCGGAAACCUCGUCUGGUCAGCCUGUUCAUCCCGUAACUUGAUUUGGGAUAUGUGGAAUGACAGUGCGUGUCCUGGAGGAGUUUUAGGUGAGGGGCCCCCUAGGCGCUUCCAAGACAAACGGGAGUAAAAGAGGCCAACCAGACACCGUGGUGGGGAAAUCCUUCAGUAAGUUGGAAUUUCUUCCCUCUUCCCACCUCUUUGAGGCUUGAAGGGACUGUGGCUGAUUUGUUAAACCUCUGGGAAUACUGUGAAUUAUUGUGAGGAUGGAGGAAUUUCUGGGUUUGGUCUUAGCAGGGAACAAAACUCAAACCUUAAGUCUUGUAUGUUCCAGUAAGUAUCCUGACCUGAUAAAAAUCCAAGGGUGAUUGGAGGGCUUGCAGCUGUGCCUUCAGGAAGAACUCCCUUGCCAGAUAAGGGCUUUUCUUCGCCAUGGAAUCCGCUCUCUGGGGUUAGAAGACAGAAGCAGCUGAAGAAUUCAGUCAUUAAGGGCCCCGUGCUUCAUCCCACAGUCAAAAUGCCGUACAAUGCUCACUAAAGGACUUGUACUUACUGUCAGCUAAAACGAAAUAAAAAACAUCAACCCUGAAGGAAAAUGCAUUUUUUUUAUUCUUUCUACUUGGGUGCAUUGUCUGUUUCCUUUGUAAAUUCAGUACAAUAAACAAAUUAUUUAAUAACCCA